AUGUCCGAAGAAGAAUCUGAACAUGACGAAGCUGAGGAAGUCGAAGCAGAAAAUAAAUCAGAGCAUGAAGGCGAUGACGAAGAAGCGAAAUCUGAACAUACUGAAGAUGAAGCUGAAGAAGAAGCACGUGAAGAAGUACAAUUAACUGAUGAAAUUAUCGCACAAUCGCUUUCACUGCUGGCAAAAACGGGGAAUGGGUUGGCGCAUGCGUAUACUCGUAUGGAAGCCUCAAAUCGGAACUUAACGGAUAUAGUACGUCUUGAACCAUUUAUUCAUUUACGUUUUAUUGAUUUAUCAAACAAUCGUCUCCGAACAGUAAAUUCAUUAAAUCGAUUAAAAUUCUUAUUAACACUCAAACUUGAUUCAAAUGAAUUAUCAACAUUUGAUUUACCACAAUUUCCUUAUUUACAAACACUUAGUUUAAGUAAUAAUCGUAUACGAUCGGUUACUGGCAUCGAACAACCGCGCUUAGAAAUAUUGAAUCUUAAUCAUAAUCAAAUCGAUGCUUGUGCGGGCCUUGAACAAAGUAAAUUACCGAAUUUAAUUACACUUGAAAUGCGUGAAAAUCGUCUAACAACAACAAAAGGCAUAUCAUUACCUAAUUUAAAAAAUAUAUUUCUUGCAGCUAAUAAUUUGACUCAACUUGAAGAUUUAAAUGCAUUAAGCCGGUUAACAACGCUUCAUUUACGUGAUAAUAAACUCGAAGUAUUAAAUGGUUUUAGUGAAAAUAUGAAACAAUUGCAAUAUGUCAAUUUACGUGCGAACAAUGUUUCUGAUCCAGAGGAACUUAAAAAGAUGGCCGUAUUACCAUUGUUAAGAGCACUCGUUUUGUUAGAAACACCUCUAUCUGAAACUGAUUCAUAUCGAAUGGAAGUAUUAGUUGCUCUUGAUAAACUUGAACGUUUGGAUAAAGAUCAAUUUAACGAAGAUGAAAAACAUGAUGCGCAAGAAGAACAAAAACGGCGAGCUGAAGAAAAUCGAGAAGCAGCAGCUGGAGCUAGUUCAAAAUUAGAAGGUGGCCCUGAUGAUGAACCUUAA